AAUGUUUAAUGCUUAUUCAAUUGAAGAAGUUGUGUCUAAACUUCCACUUGAAGCUAAUUCUAUAUCAAAUUAUGGUGAUACAUUAUUAAUUGGUUCAAAACAAGGACAUUUAAUUUGUUGUUCACAAACUUUUUCAUCGGGUCACAACAUUCCCUCUUACGAUUAUCAAGUUUGUCGCGCUUUUGAAAGACGUCAAAUAAUUAAUUUAUCUGUGAUAGAAUCGUUAGACAAAAUUAUUUGCCUUACUGAUACACAUUUGUCAAUUCAUGAAGCUUUUGCUCCCUACAGGUUAAUUAGCAGUAUUACAAAAUAUAAACAAAUAUUGUGUUUUGCUCAUUUAAUUCAACAGAACAUUCUUUAUAUUUUAAUUUCAAUAAAAAAUCGUCUUAUAAUUUUCCAACAUUUUGAAGAAAAAUUAGAAGAAAUUGGGUCUAUAAAUUUUGAUGAUUCUGCUUUAAGAAUUUUAUGGUUUUUUAAAAGAAUUUUUUUUAAAAUUUUUCUUUUAAGGUGUCAAUCAAAUAGUUUAUUUAUUUCUACUAAAUUAGAACAUUAUUUUGCUAAAUUAACAAUUAUUCAAACAAACGGGAAAGAGGCCUUCAAUCAAAUUUCAAUUUCUGAAUUUCCUCGUUUACUUUUGUCAAUCCCUACUCGUUCUUCUGAUUUAUCCCUUCAAAUUUCUGCCUGUUUAUUAUUUGAUAAACAAAUUGUUGCUUUAAAUAAAGAUGAAAAAAGUUUAGAAUUUUUUGAUUUGGAAAGUGGGGGACAGACAAAAUUAAUUGAAAAUGAAGAAAAUUGUUGUCAAUUUACUGAGGGAAUUGUUGAUUUUGUUUAUGAUUCACCAUAUAUUUUGGCAAUAUUAUGUACUAAUUGUAUUGAAAUACGUUUAAUAACUCCCUCAGUUUUUAUUCAAAAAAUUAAUUUAAAUAAAGUUUUCAUGUUAAACGUUGGAAGAAGAGGUACAAUUUACGCAGCAAAUGAUACACAAGCUUGGAAAUUAAAUACACAAAAUAAACUUAGAGAUAAUUUAAAAUUUUUAAAUUUAAAUGGACACCACGAAAUUGCUUUACAAAUUGCUAAUGUUUAUUCUGAUGUUGUAGAUGAAAAAGAAAUUGUUAAUUUAAAAAAGUCAAUUGCAGCUAAAUCUUUUUUGGAAAGAAAAUUUUCUAAAUGUUUUGAUAUUCAUGCUGAAUUAAAAACUGAUCUUUUAUUUAUUAUUAAUUUAUUUCCAAAAUUUCUUCCUGAAAAAUAUUCUUGUUCAACCGAAAAAUUUAUUAAUGAAAUUAAAUUGUAUGGAAUUUCAAAUGAAGAAAAUUUUUUGGAUGAUGAAGAAAUUCAUAAAAAAGCAGUUGAUGCUCUCAUUAAAUUUAUUUCAAUGAAAAGACAAGAACAUUCAAAGCCAAUUAAUUUACAUUUUUUGGAUUACAAAGAAGAAAGAAAAGAAAAUAUUCUUUCAACAAAUUCUUUAAAACGGCAUGAAGUAGCUUUGGAAUUAAUUGAUACUGUUCUGUUAAAGGCUUAUUUAAUGAUAAAUCCAAAACUUAUCGGUCCAUUAUUACGACUUAAAAAUUGUUGUUGUAUUAUUUCUGAAGCUGAAAAAGAUUUGAAAAAAGCUGGAUUGUUUGAGGAAUUGUUAAUCUUAUAUGAAAGGAAGAAAAUGUUUAGAAAAUAUCUCGAAUAUUUUCAAAGAGAAGUUAAAAAACCUGAAGCAGCUACACAUGCCCAUGGAAUUGAAAAAAUAGCUACUUUUUUAAUGAAAUUAAAAUCUGAACAACUUUCUUUAAUUUUGGAAUUUUCUCCAAUUGUUUUGGCCGAAGAUAUUGAAUUGGGUGUUAAAAUUUUUACGGGUAUUGAUUCUUCUGUAGAUGCAAAAAAUUUUGAUAGAGAUUCUGUUCUACAAUUUUUGAAGCGUCAAUUUCCUGCUGCUGUUAUUCCUUAUUUGGAGCAUAUAAUUUACGAAUGGGAAGAUAAAAGACCAAAAUUUCAUGAAGAACUUGUACUUCAAUAUAUCACUAGAAUUAAAUCACUUUUAUCUCAAUUUGUUAAAUUACCUGUAAAUAAUCAAUUUAUGCGUUCAUUAUCUUCAAAUGAUGAAAAUAUUGAUAAUAAUGAAUUGGUAAUUUUAAGAAGAAAACUUAGAGCAUUUUUGGAGACUGAUAAAUAUUAUACAGUGAAGGAUACGUUGAAGUUAAUUGAAAAAGAUGAAGUUUUGGCCGAUGAACAGGCAAUUCUUUAUGGUCGGCUAGGUCAACAUAAAGAAGCCCUUUCAAUUUAUACAAACAAAUUAGUUGAUUUUGCUGCUGCAGAGAGACAUUGUUUAAUUUAUUAUAAUGAAAAUGAUUUAAAUAAUUCUCAAAUUUUUUAUAAUUUAUUUUGUUCUUAUGUUGCUGGUGGAGAUGAAAUUAAUAGAAAAAAAUCGAAAGAAAAUGGAGAAAAACAAAUUGUAACAGUAGAACAUUCUCCACAGAAAAGGCCAAAUAUAACAGAAGCUUUGAAAUUGUUGAGGAGACACGCAAAUAAAAUAAAUAUUGGUUCGUUUUUGGAAUGUUUUUUAGGUAUAAUUGAGGUUCUUGUUUUAUGUUUGGUUAAAGCCUUUGCACUAAUUCCAUCAGAAACUCCAUUAUCAAGGAUAGAUAUAGCGUUAAAGGCUGUUUUUGAAACACUUUGUACUCGACUAACUAUGGUAAAUUUAUUAAUGGCAUUAACACAAAUUGCAAUAAAUAGAACGGAAAUAAAUUUUAAAUUAUUAAAACAACAACGUAUAAAUAUUAAUGAAAGUGUUGUUUGUUUUAUGUGCAAAAAAAGAAUUAUGGAAAGUGCCUUUGUCCGUCAUCGUUUUGACUCAAUUUCUCAUUUCUUUUGUCAUCGCCAAAAUAUUGAAAGAAUUCAGAAAAAGAUUAAUGCAUUUAAUGAACAUUCUUAA